CAAUGUCGAAAUUCCAACAGAGUAAAGCGUAGGCAUGGGGGAGUCCCAUGCGUUCAGACUCAGCGUCGGAUACUAUAGUGACGAUAAAAGAUGGAGAGCAUUGUCGUGCUGCCGCCAUUGCGGCACAGAGCCAUGUUCGUGUUGGUCGUGGCGCUGUUGAUAGUGACGAAUACAACGACCUUCAUGUACGCCACGAGACUUUUCAACAGUGCAGAACCGGUGCAGCGUACCAACACGAGGGCACUGGAAUUGGGAAGUGUUGGCAAAAUGAUGCAGUUUUCUAGUAUAAGUGAACAAACACAAGGAGAUCCUACUAUACCUGAUGAACAUAUGGAAAGUGGCGAAAAUAAAGCUCCGACUACCAGCACUAGUGAUUGUACUCCUUGCGACUGCAAAGAUCCAGAAAUCACGAAAAUUGUCUACGAAGUGGCACAUGAAGAAUAUCCAGCACAGCAACAAGAACAGUCACUCGUUGGGAAUAAGACCAGUGAUGACGCACACAUGAAAACUAUAUUCAUUAUUACACCGACUUACCAUCGCUCGACUCAGAAAAUUGAUCUCAACAGCAUGUGUCACACUCUGAUGAGUGUCCCAAAGGUGGUGUGGAUUAUUAUCGAAGACUCUAGUAAACCGACCGGCUUGGUAACAAGACUAAUCCAAAGGUGUAAGGUGAAGAUAGUUCACCUUGUGGUUCCCACAAGUUCCAUCUACAAACAGAAAAAAGGAAAGCCAUGGCAGAACUUACCUCGCGGAGUGGAGCAGAGGAAUGCAGGUCUCAAUUGGCUGAGGGACAACUACAGUUUAGACCACUGCAACGGAGCGUUUUACUUUGGAGAUGAUGACAAUAAGUACGAUUUGAGGCUGUUUGAAGAUAUUCGUAACACUCGAACUGCAUCAGUGUGGAAAGUGGCGUGGGCAGGAGGUCUCCAGUGGGAGGGGCCAACCUGCCGUAAUGGCAAAGCCACCUCCUGGCAUUCUUACUUUGCUGCCAACAAAAGAGUAUUUCCACUGGACAUGGCAGGGUUUGCAGUACACCUGUGUCAACUGUUCAAAAACCCAAAAGCCAGAGUCGGUGUGGACAUUCACGGACACACCUCCAGGAAUGGGUUCCUCGAAACUGAUUUUCUUCAGCACUUUGCUACCAAAUCCACUGUAGAGUGCUGCGGAUCCGAAACUGAGGUUGAAAAUGGCGAUGGAAACAGGGAGGGCAGUGAAUACCACCACCAGAACAAAGCCAAGGACGAGACCAGGAAUGGAUAUCUCUGAAUCAACCAUAGUCAACCCUGAACGAGAAGGGACUGCUCCACCUGAAAGAUAAGAAGGGGUGGACUACGUAUAUAGAAAACAGUGCAAGGGCAUAUACACACAAUAUGAUCAAAACCGCUCAUCACAGCCACUUGAAGGGGCCAAGAGCCAGAGCGGUCUAUCCCAUGGCAAAUUGCCUAAACAGUGCAAAAAUAGGAAAAAUAUAUACUAAAAAAGUGAGAUCUUUGGGAUUUUGUAACAUGUCUACUCUAUACUGUAUGUAUAUCUUGUACGGCGAUUCAACAGUCGCUUCGACUCACUCCAAACCUGGUAUUUCAUUCAUUCAUUGUACGUAGUAUUUAACCAGCACACCUCUCCACUGAAAAUCAAAGGUGCAGUUGAGAGCUGAAGGGUCUGUAAAGUUUCUGAUCCACUCUCCCAGUAUAUGUACAGUGGGACAAGUAUGAGUCUCUGUGUUCUUCAUUGGAACAAUUCUCUCUCUUCCAGUCUGAGCUCCUGGUACAGCCAGUGCCACUGGACAUAUCCAUCCCCCUGCAUAUAUACAUACAUACAUAAUGAUUACAAUUUCCAUACGAAUGAAUAAAUAGUAGUAAGUAAUGGAGUUAGUAAGUAUGGUAUAGUUUCUAUUGCAUGAAACGGGCAUUUUCUACUGUUCUCGCUUUAUGGUAUACCAGCUUCUGAUGAUGACCCUCUAUGUUGGCGUUGAUGUGUUUACACUAAUAAGUCAUGAAUUUACUGUAGCAAGCUCACUCAACCAUGCCAUUCAGUCAUACCUAAAGGUCUAAUGCCCUCCAAUUGUCAGAAAAUGAAUCUCGUUAAGCAUCCACCACCACAGGUCAAGUUACUUCCUACAUGGGUAUACCUUGAAACUGGGUGAUGAGUCACUUGUCCAUAGUAUUUCUGGCUCUCCUCGAGCCUGAUAUCCAGCGAGCAUCCCUCUUUCUCCCAUAGAUUCUUCAGUUCAAGCUCCUGAUAGAAACAGUGCGUAGUUACACACGAAGACCAUAGCUAUACAUACAGAUGACAUAAAGGACAUUAAUGAGCCCACGGCAUGUAAACAGGACAUGUAGAUUACCUGCCCUAUUAAGUUUAAUACUCAAUGUUGUUAGCCUUAGGUAGAGUAAAUGAAUUGCCACAUAGGUAAUGUAAUUCUGUUAGGGGGCAGUUUAGAAGAUUUGUGUUUCAGUAUAUUAUACUCAAGGCUGGGCACCUGGUGUCCUACCUUGUUGUGUGCAACUGUGUGUGGUUGUUUGUGUCUGUGUACGUACUUGGGUGGAGGAUGGGGGGCGGAGGGUGACUUCUGGUUUUAUUUCUUUUCUAUUCUCUGUGGCUAGUAUGUUAUAAAUGGCCAUACGUACCAUAGGAUUAUUGGAAGCUGAGACACUACCAAAGGAUUACAGUUCAAAUGUUCAUGAUUCACGACUUAAAGAACUAAAUGUACUCACAGAAAUGUCUUCCAGAGCUGAUUCCAGUCGGUCGGUGACGUUUUGAGGCUUCAUCUCACAGUCUAGUGAGGAACGAAAAAGAGCGUUGUUUCCAGGGCUGACUCUAGCUCGUCCUCCGUGCAGUUGCAGACAAAUCCUGAACCGGUCAAGGCACUGUGACUGGCCCUGCAGAUCAUCUUGACGGCAUCUUGAGGCCCCGUGAGAGCAACAAAGGUCCUGAUUUUGCUAGUCGUGAGGUGCCUGAUGAUUCGAUCCAUUCCGUCCUCAGUUGAAAAGGUUUCCACAUAGUCAAUGUGGAUCAGGCCACCAGACAAUUCAUCCAAGUGAUUGCUAAAUGUCUUAGUAAACAUCUCAAACAGCUGUGGACAAAACAAGUGGGACUUAGUGGCCAAGACACAUGUUUAUCAGACAUUAUCAGCCUGUAUAUUAUUAAUUGUGUAAUAUGGACAAAUUGUAUGCUACAAAUGUGAUAAUUGGUAGG